UUGCGAGCUCCACUCGCCAGGUCCAACGCGCAACUCACCCUUCCGUCCGUUCACCUCGCCGUACAAACCGCCCACCAUGGCCGCCGCAAUCAAAGCCCUCAAUGCGAAGAUUCGCUCAAACAAGUACACCGAUUACGUCUGCUCAACCCAUUUCUGGGGUCCCGUCAGUAACUUCGGUAUCCCCAUCGCUGCGAUCGCGGAUAUGAGCAAAGAUCCCGAGAUUAUCUCCGGCCGCAUGACCGGCGCCCUCACGCUCUACUCCGGCACCUUCAUGCGCUACGCGCUCGCCGUCAGCCCAGCAAACUACCUGCUCUUCGGGUGCCACGCCAUCAACUUCACGUCCCAGCUUGUCCAGGGCUACCGGUACAUCAACUACUUCCACUUUGGCGGGAAAGAGGCGCUGCUCAGUGAGAAGGCGAAGGCUGCGGGGAAUGAGGCGGUGGUAAAGGCGGGGGAGAUUGCGGAUAAGGCGAAGGCUGCUGUGAGCAAAUAGAAGACUGAUGGGGGAGGGGAAAGGAAGAGACGGGGUAGAAAGGUGUGCAUGUGUAUAUUAUUUGCGAUACCGGACACAGCAUCAAGGAAACCCAUUUUGACCAUCACUAAACUAUUUAUGAGGCACAGAGUGUGGAUAGUCGCUGCUGCAAUUGCAAAAUUU